UUAUACAAACCCAUACCACCCAGAUUAUGCUCUGGGGCAAGACACCAUUAUCUCAGUAAGAAAAGGAGGUAAACAGGCAGAUCAGCAGGUUGGAGAGAUCAGACUUCUACACUGAGAGAUCAGACUGCUACACUGAUCAGACUGCUACACAGAGAUCAGACUGCUACACUGCUGUUUUCCAUCCUGCUGGUCUCUAAAGAUGCUCAGUUCUUCAGACAGUAACUGGUUGUGUGAUCCUGUGUGUGUAAACGUAGGAGGUGAAGUUUAUACCACAACAUUGGACACACUCACACGCUGUCGGGACUCCAUGCUCGGUGCCAUGUUCACUGGCCAGAUCCCACUGCUCCGGGACAAACAGGGAAACGUCUUCAUCGACCGUGAUGGGAAGGUGUUUCGCUAUAUCCUGAACUACCUGCGCUGCAACAGCCUGGACCUGCCGCGGGACUACAGCGAGCUAGCGCUGCUGCGCCGAGAAGCCGACUUCUUCCAGAUUCACCCGCUGUUGGUGGAACUGGAGCGGAAGGACAGGGAGCCUCAUAGUAGCUGGUGUAGUGGUGCCCUGCUCUGUGUGGACGUGGACAGUGUGGCGCGGGUUCUGCAUUUCAACUACAAACGAGGUCCCGAGAACUAUGAGCUGCGCUCAUGCACAGUGCAUGUGCACACAGCUAAUGUCUUCUGCACAUCUCCAACCCUCAUACAGCUGCUCUGUUCCAGAUUCUCGUAUGAACAGGGCAGUGUCUUGACAGCACCGCAGGCUGAGCAGACAGACCUCCGUCUGGAGUGGGUUCCAUGCCCACCGGAGCUUCCACGUGAGCAGCAUACAAGACACGGUUACCUGGAACUCAGCGCCACCCCGCAGGCGGACGGAAAUGCCAGCGUCCCUGUCCACGACACUCACCACUUCAUCGCUCAGCUGCUUAGAGUCGUGCUGCCUGAAGGGUUUCGUGUUGACCUGGUGACCCCUGACCCUGCUGACAUCCUGAAUUGCCAUAGGCUGCGCUGUGUACGCUACUAAGACUACACCUGCCAAAUCCAUGAGUAUUACACUCAGGUCUAAUAAACUGAUGUGAGUAAGCAGACACUAAAACUGCAUUUGAGAACUGGUUAUUACUGAGAUCAAUUACCAAGAUCAAUUACUGAGAUCAGUUAUUGAGUUCUAUUACUGAGAUCUAAUAACCACUAAUAACUACUGAGAACUGGAUAUUACUGAGAUCUAAUACCACUAAUAUGAGUAUGCUAGCCUCUGCCAAUAUUUCUGGAAUUUCUUUUAAGAAAGUGAGCUAAAUUACCAUUUUCACGG